UCUUUCUGGUCCCAGGCGCUUCGGCAGCCGCGGGUUACUGUGCAGACAUGGCCAAGUCCAAGAACCACACCACGCACAACCAGUCCCGAAAAUGGCACAGAAAUGGCAUCAAGAAACCGCGAUCACAAAGAUACGAGUCUCUGAAAGGGGUGGACCCCAAGUUCCUGAGGAACAUGCGUUUUGCCAAGAAGCACAACAAGAAGGGCCUGAAGAAGAUGCAGGCCAACAACGCCAAGGCUAUGGCUGCACGUGCUGAAGCUAUCAAGGCCCUGGUCAAGCCUAAGGAAGUAAAGCCCACGAUCCCAAAGGGUGUCAGCCGGAAGCUUGAUCGACUUGCCUACAUUGCCCACCCUAAGCGAAGGCGUGCCCGUGCCCGCAUUGCUAGGGGUCUCAGGCUGUCCCGGCCACAGACCAAGGCAAAGGCCAAGACUGAGCCCCAAAUCAAGGGCAAGGUCAAGGCUCAAAUCAAGGCCCAAGCUUAAGCUCAAAUCAAGAGCAAG